UAUUUUAUAAAGCUCCUUCACCGGUAAAAGCCUUGGUCCUCAUGAAACCGGGAAGCCCAAGUACUUACUUCCACCAUCAAAUCGUCAAACCAUUUGCAACCAUCGAUGGUGGUCAUGUCACGAGUAAGCUUCUACUCUUCUUUCUUGCUACUACUGUUAGAGGUCGUUGUCGCUAGCAGCGAGUUUGAUGAUGAAGGAAGAACAUCGUUCAGUCCAACCACGGCUAUAAUCAUGAUCGUACUCGUUAGUGUUUUCUUCGCACUUGGAUGUAUCUCCGUCUACAUGAGGAGGUGUCUCCAGCACGCUCUGGGGAUGGACAGCGGUGGUGGUCCAGGAAACUGGCUUAACGUGAGGCAAACGACGGAGCCUGGGCUAGACGCGUCUGUUAUAGAAACGUUUCCAACGUUUCCUUACUCUACAGUGAAGACGUUGAGGAUCGGUAAAGAAGCUUUGGAGUGUCCCGUUUGUCUCAACGAGUUCGAGGACGACGAAACGCUGCGUUUGAUUCCUCAGUGUUGUCACGUGUUUCAUCCUGGUUGCAUUGAUGCCUGGCUCCGUUCUCAGACCACAUGUCCUCUUUGCCGAGCCAAUCUCGUUCCUGUACCGGGUGAGUCUGUUUCUUCGGAGAUACCCGGUUUAGCUAGAGAAACCGGUCAGAACUCUCUCAGAACGCCGAUUGAUGAUAACCGGAAAAGGGUUUUAACUUCACCUGACGAGCGGUUGAUUGACUCAGUGGCUUGGACGGGUAACCAAAGCAUGCCACGUAAAUCCAUGUCUACAGGUUGGAAACUAGCUGAAUUGUACAGCCCGGCUAGUUCACCGGGCCAACCGGAGGAGAAUCUCGACCGGUAUACGCUGAGGUUACCACAAGAGAUACAUGACCAGCUUGUGAACUCCAGCCUGGGAAAGCAAGGGUCAAAAGGCCAACUGGCCUUACCUCAAGAAAGGAGCUCGGUUAGAGGGUUCAGAACCGGAAGCCUAGGGACUGAAAAGAACUAUUUCUACUUUGAACGGUUUGAUCAAGACGGUCGGUUGGACCGGAGACCAUUUUCUAUAACUCCUCCAUACCAUACCCGGUCGAUACAGUCUCCGGAUGAGAUUAUCAACGCUAGUGGUAAUUAUCAGGAUCGUGCUGGUGCACCUAAAGGUUUGCUUCUAGCAAUAAGGUCACCGUUUGAUCGGUUAUUUACUGGGAAGAAAAAUGCCGGUGAGCGUUCGUACCUUCAAUCCGGCGAUGCGAGCCCUGUCUAGGCGAAUUACUACUAUUGGGGUUAUUAAGAAUAUUCUGAAAUAAAGAAAAUCUGUAUAUGUAUUUUCUUUCUUCUAGUUUCUUUAUGUUAUAUGAGAAAUUCAAUUCCUUCACCAAUAUAAUGCAUCUGUUACUGAAAUAGUAAUAAAGGAAAGGACCAUUUCGUUUUAUCAUCC